UAAUCGAUUAUCGAACCCUCACCCAGUCCACGAUACUUUUCGUUCCAAAAAACUCUUUCCAUUAAUCGUUAAAAAUAGAGAAAAAAUAAAUUAUCAUGUGGAGAAAAUUCUCAAUCCCCUCAAUCAUCAUUUCUUCAAUUUUCCCUACUCUCCUCCGACUAUCCUCAAUUUUAAUCUAAGUGAUUAUUUCCAGAGUGCCCUAACCUCCAAAAUUUAUACACCCAAUGGAGUAGCCAGUGCUGGUGAUCGGAUCGGGUGCAACUCCUUCUCUAAUAAAAAAAAUUGUCCUAGAAAUAAAAAAAACUCAUCACCGACGAUGAUAUUUGAACAGUUAAUGUGACAUUGUGUUUAUUUAUUUAAUUUUUUAACGCUUUAUUUAUUCGUGGAGUGAAGUUUUCAGAAAUAUCUCAUCAGUGAUUGUUAAUGCAUAUGUAGAGGAUUUGCAGUGACGAGGCAGGUCGAAGUUUAAUGUAGAUACUUUAAUUAAUUACUGCUGGCGACGUUCUCCAUCAAGACAAAAAUGAGUAAUUUACAAAAUCCUCAUGUGGUAGCUGUCGCUCUGGGGGCAACAAUAGGGGUAAUUAGUGCUGCUAGUCUAUUUAUUUACCAGAAAGUCAUGGAACACAAGGAAAGAACGACUAUGAUGAAUAAUUUGGAGAGUGUUAACAGACGUGUUUCUGAAUUACAAGUGGAAUUGGAAAAUUUGAGAGUUCAGCAGAAUCAAUUGAGAGCAAAGAAAUCGAAGAAUUCGAAUCGCAAGCGCGUCACUUCAUCAGCGAGUUUGUACUCAGUAGGUACCGAGAACGAGAUUGAUGCUGUUUCAGUAACUGAAACCGACCUAGACGAUGAGUUUUACGACUGCUCCGAUGAUGAACUCACUACUGUAGACUUCGAACUUAACGGGACAGCUGGAAUAAUGUUGGAACUAACGAGCCAACUCGAUACCCUAGACGAGAAGAUCGAGAAGAGUGAAUUUCUCGAGGAGGUCUUGUGUGAUCUGAGGGCACUGGCCAUUUUCCAUGAGGAUAAUGUCGAUGUUGCUUGGAGGUUGGCCAGGGCUUGCUUCAAAAAUGCUGCUGACUUGACUGAUACCUCGAGACAGGAUGCACUCGUCCUUGAAGGGAUGAAAAUAUGUGAAAAAAUACUUGAAAUGGAACAUGUGGAGGUGCACAAGUGGUAUGCCCUUCUAGUGGGUCUCAGAUCUGAGUAUUUGCCCACAAAAGAGAAACUCAAGGCUGGAAAAGUGUUUGAGAAGCAUUUAAACCGUGCUUUGGCGAUGACACCCCACGAUCCCGUCUUAAAUCAUCUCCUAGGGAGAUUUCAGUACGCUGUUUCGAAUCUCAGUUGGAUCGAGAGGAAGGUUUGCGCAACACUUUUCGGAGAAGCCCCAACGUCGACCUUCGAGGAGGCGAUAAAAUCUCUGGAGAGAGCUGAGGGGCAAAUGAGGGCUCCUGAUCUGGAGAACAAGUACUUCCUGGGGCAGGCGUAUUUACAAGUAAAGGCCUACAGAAAGGGGGUGGAAUUGCUCACCCAAAUUCACGACCUGCAACCAAAAAACAAGAAGCAGGAGAAAAUGCAGGCAGAAGCCCAGAGACUCGUAUCAAAAUAUUCAAGUUACUGCUGAUAGAUAAUCCCAUUCGAGUCUCCAUUACGAUCCAAUUAGUCUAGGAAUCGAGAUACAGGAAAAAUAAUAAUAAUCCAAUAAGAAUCGAAAUUGAAUUACUCGAUUCACCGGGGAUGCAAUCGUGCCAAUCGUGGGAGCUUAAACUAUUUGGUUUUUAAUCUUUCAAUUAUUUAAUUGGGUAAAAUGAAUAAAUAAACUGGGAAGAGCCUGUGGGGAACUGAGGUAGCAUUUUUUGUAAUUUUAACACAUUCCUGUUUUUUUGUUUAAUGAAAAACAGUUUUAAUUUAUCGUUGAGUACAAAGAGUUUAGUGCACUGAAUGUUGGAAUAUUGUUUAUAAUUUUAUUCAGCUCUUGUGGGUUUAAUGACUUUAAUUCCCGAGUGGCCAUAGGAAUAUUUGUUAAGGUGCUGGUACAUUGUGAGGUAAUAUUUUAUCGUGAAGUGAACGAAUUAAUGCGAUGUGAAUUGUAAUAAAUUGUUGGGUGUGAUGGUAAUGCGCAAUGGCUCGAGUAGUCUUUUUAUAUUUCAAUAAAGUGAUGUCGAUGAAUUGUGAAUUGCUUUCACUGAUUGAUUUUAUUAUUUUCUCAAUGUGCUAUAACAACAAUUUUAUUUCAACUUCAUGAAUCAUAACAUUGAAUUUUCUACAAAGUUAUUAAUUUAUUUAAAAAAUCCCUCGGUUCGUUUCUCCUUGUGCUUAGCCUACGUGACUGGGUUUCACUGAUUAACAAUGCAACUGAUGGCCACAAAAAUGUCUGUGCCCCAUUCCAAUUGCACUUGCACUUCGAGGUGAAAUUAAAAUUAAUUGGUUUAAUAUUUUUCUCUAGUUUGAGACGGUAUGACACUUUUAGGACUGAUGAUUCUUCGAUUAAUCUACUUGAAAAAAUCUGACAAGAAUCUGUAGCGAAGGUGUGAAUUGCAGAAGUUAAAUCGACAGCUUAUUUCACCCAUUGCGGAUAUAAUUGAACAAUUAAUAACAGAUGUUUGAAGAGAUUCUCGUGAAUUUAAAAUUAGUUUAGCUCUUCAGUUUUCGAUGUGGCAGACGACCCAAACAGUAAACAGAUCGACAACUGAUCAAUAACGGGGCACAGUCUUUCGAAUAAAGUACAAUUUUUAUGUUUAAUAAGUAGAAA